AUGGACGCCGUUGAUUCCGUCUUCGAUCCACUCAGAGAAUUCGCAAAGGACAGCGUGAGGCUCGUGAAGCGCUGCCACAAACCCGAUCGCAAAGAAUUCUCUAAGGUCGCGGUGCGUACUGCAAUUGGUUUCGUCGUGAUGGGAUUCGUGGGUUUCUUCGUGAAGCUCAUUUUCAUUCCAAUUAACAACAUUAUCGUCGGAUCUGAUGGCAUGGUGACUUUCUCAUCUUUGACUCUGUUAUGUUCUUAUGUUGUUCUUGCUUAUUUUGAAUGGGUGAGGGGAAUUGCUAUCGCCUCAGGACUCCAAUCUUAG